AUGCCAAAGUUUCUGCUUGUAUUCAUUGCGACUUCCGUGGCUUUGGUCCAUGGUCAGCACGAAUCAACUGCGGAUGACUUUCUGUGGAACCGCUGGGGUGAGUACUUGCAGCUUUCCUUCGACAAAAAACGACCAGAUUUCAUUUCCAGAACCCCGUACGAUUGACUGUGUGAGCAGCGGAAAGAAAGACGACUGUGUGCUGCUGGCUCCAGAAUCUAGAAUUCCAUUCGAUAUCACCAAGUUCAAGUGGGGUACAUCUACCCUAUUCAUUUGCACGGCUUCUAUUUCAGAUGUCGUCGCGAGCCGAUGCCCCAACAACCUUGGAACACUCUCGCAGUCAACUCGACCACCCGACUGGCUUGCCCACUCAACUGUCCAGUUCACUUUGACCUUUCGGUUAGUUGGGCUCUCGAUUUGGGAUUAGAAGUCUAUGGCAACUCACGGCUCUAUCUGAGCAAUCAGGUUCCAAAGGCAGGAUCCAGGUCCCAUAAUAAUAAUCAGGUUUCAUGAAUAAACAGGUCCCAAAUAUUUAGAAAAGGCAGGUUCCGAAGAUUAUACAGAUUCCAAUUUUCAAAAAAUGCCUUGUACCCUUGACCGUCAAGGGGAUCCUGGAUCCUGCCUUUGGAACCUGAUUACUCAGAUCGUUAUUUCAGGUAUUGCAAAAGCGUCCGUACGUGAACAAGAAUUGUCAAAAGUACUACACUUACGGAAAGUACUGGGACGCGGCGGCGAACGACUGGUACAUCUGGCAGACUGAGCCGUGCGUCGCCGCCAUUUCCACGCACUGCCGCUUCAACGACGUGCCGAUCUUGCAGUCGCCACUGAAGACGAGUAAAGGAAAGAAUGCGGAAGAGGCGAAGAUCGGAGGAGCAUCGCAGACGAAGGCCAGCGAGCAGAGAAGGUUGUGGCCGUUUGAGGAGGCUCUGUUUUCGUUUUUUCUGCUAUAA